AUGUGUCAUGGAAGGGUGGGCGAGGCCCGCCACGUUUCCCGGGACUGGCUGGCGGGGCCCACCCGCCAUGUGUCCCGGGGAUGGGUGGGCAAGGCCUGCUAUGUUUCCCAGGACGGGCGGGCGGGGCAUGCCAAGAAUCCCGGGACGGGCGGGCGGGGCUCGCCACAUGUCCCGGGACUUGGUAGCAGGCCCCGUCCGCCCGUCCCGGGACGUUUUUGGACAAAGGCAAGCACCGCCCACCCACACGUCCCGGGACGGGCGGACGGGGCCUGCUACACGUCCCGGGACAUGUGGCGAGCCCCGCCCGCCCGUCCCGGGAUGCUUGGCAUGCCCCGCCCGCCCGUCCUGGGAAACAUAGCAGGCCUUGCCCACCCAUCCCGGGACACAUGGCGGGCCCCGCCAGCCAGUCCCGGGAAACGUGGCGGGCCUCGCCCACCCUUCCCAUGA